AUGUCCAAUGUUCCCUCUGCAAGACUGGUAUUGUUUAAGGAUUUGACCAAGUGCAAAACAGGAGAUUCUGUACGAGUAACAGGAUUAUGGCAAGCAUAUGACGACACUACCAACACAGCCCUGAUGGAAUACGACAACGUGAAAGCGAUCAUCCACCUCGAUCAAAUUGACCAGCUUUUACCUCAAACAGGAGAUGUUGUCCAAUGCAUAGGAGAGAUCAUGGAGAUGUCCAGCAAUCCAACUCAAAUCCAAGCGAGGAUUAUUCGAUCUGUCAAAACAAUAGACAUGGAACUGUACGAGAAGGUGGUUGAGCUUCGAAAUAGUGUCAUUUAG